CGUGAACAGUGAACGUGGUGUACAAUAAUAUUGUCUAUAAUGUAGUAAUGUAUACCUAUGUCCCACACUGAUACUAUGUGGUAGGUAUUUGCUUGUUUUGUCGACCGAAUACCGAUGCCUAGUGAUUUUUAAUUUUUGUAACAAAAUAAAUAAACCUAAAGCUAAUAAUUUAUAAUUUAUUAUAUUUGCACUAUACUCCACUAGCAAUCAAUUAUCAUAACAGUAAACGUGCAAUGUUUUUUACGUUUGAGUGCGUGCACUAGUGAAUACUGAAUACUGAUUAGUAAUACAUUUGUGAUCUGAUCUUUAUAGUUUGAGGUAACAUAAUAUUUUUAUACUACUGUUGCUUUUUUGUUAAUUUAUUAUUUUAAAAUGCAGUAGUUUUGUGUUGCAAUCAUUGCAAUGAUUUCUGGUUUUUUUUAUGGUUUAUUAAAUACUUUUCAUGAUACUUUACAUAUUUAGAUAGAUUUAAUUAUUAAUGUAUGUUUGCUAGUAAAAUGGAAUUACUAAAGUACUAAAGAACAGUUGGAAUUUAUUACAUGGAAGUUUUAUAAAAAAAAUCUCAAAUUACUACGCAAUGUCAUCAUGUUCAAUGUCUACUUUGAAAAAAAACAUUGUUUUGUAUGAUACCAAAAUUAAUUUUUAUUUUAUACUAACCCUGUUUGGACGUAUUUUAUAUCCCAAUUUGCCGGUUUUAAUUUAAUUCAAAUUAACUUUUAGAUUUGUAAUGAAUUAUUUCGUCUUUAUACACCACUAUAAUAUAGUUUGUGUUUCGAGACCAUUUAAAGGGUCUACAAUUUAGUGUUAAUGUUCGAAGUUGUUACUGCUUAACUUUAAAUAAGUGUUUUAUAUUUCUGGAUGUAUUGUGACUUGUACUUUUUUUUAAAUAUUUAGUAAACGACACUUAUUGACAUUUAUUUUUACAAAAUUGUGUAUAUAUAUACUAAAAUAUAGUAUCAAGCCACUACAUAAUUCUAGUUUAGCGACCCAUAAAUAUUUAUUUAUUUUUUUAUUUUAGCAAAUUACGUUUUUGAGUGUUUAUUAAAAAAGUAAUAAAAAAAAUUCUGACUAACUUCGUUGUGGGGGAAAACUUUAAAAAUUAAGUUCUUUUAACUCAUAUUUCCUAGUUAGAAUUUAAUACUUACUUAAAUUUGUAUUCACAAAAUAUGUGGUUUUCAAUGGUUAAUUAAUUUGUAUAUUCAAAACUUAUUUAUCAUGCUUACUUUUAAAGUUUUGUGCAUAAACUUCAUGAAUACUGUUUUUAGAAUAAAUCCAAAAUGGGUUUGAAAUUAUAUAUUUUUGAUGAGCAGAAAAAAUGACCAUGGAAAAAAAACUCAAAAAAUUAAACACAUCCUGGAAAAAACUCACAAAAGUAAAGUCUAUGCAAAGUCCAUAUGAUUAUAUUAUAUUAUAAUAUUUUCUCGAUUAACUCGAAAAAGUAUAAUACAUAUAGAUAUCAGAUAAUAAUUAUAAAUAAUAAUAAUGAUAAUAUUUUCAAUUCUUAAACUAAUAAUAGUGACUCUAAAACUGUAAAAUUAAUUUCUUAUAAUUCAUUUUUUUUCCAGGUUUCAAACAUGUCAUACCGUAGGAAAAGUGCAACAGAAUCAAAACCACAGCUUAAAGAAAAAGUUGUACAAAUCUAUGAAUCAAUUUUUAGAGUAUGUUUUUAUUACAUAUAACUCACCUAUUUUCAGCCUAACCUAUAUUCAAUAUUAUGUUUUAUUCUUAACAGUUCUAGAUACUUAUCUAGUUAUAAGUUGUAUUAACUUAGCAAUGAUUUCUUUUAAGUUGAAGUAAUAACUUAUAAUUUUAUUAAACCCAUAUUUUUAGAAAUUUUGGUAAAUAACAUUUGCAAUUUUUUUUUUUAAAUUAGUAUCUACUUGAUAAUUAUAUAAACAAAUUUGAAAAUUUUGUGUGUAAAACAAUAUAAUUAGUAAUAAUUCAUUCUAAUAUUUUAAUUUUUAGUAUUAUUACUUGCAUUUUAUAUAAAAAUGUAAUUUAAGGUUUUCAAUAGGUACUUUAAAAGGGAAUCUAGGAUAUUUUGUCUCAGCUGCUUUUUCUCUAUUUAAAAAUAAAUUAGCUUAGCGGUUUUCAAAUUUGUUUUCCAGUAGUAACUUUUUUGGAUUAAAUUUAAUCAUUUUAAGCAUACAGCUGACUUAAUACAUUUUUUAUAAGAUUCAAUUUAAAAUAAACAAAAAUUUAUAAAAAAAUUAAAAUAAACUAUAAAUAAUUUUAUAUAACUUAUAGUACCCCUGGCCACCUCGAUUCACAGGUUGGAAAUCGCUGAAUUAGCUAGUUUAACUAAAUAAUUAGUUUUGUUGAGCUGUAGGAUAUUUAGUCUUGCAAGAUUUCUAUUAGAAACCAAAUUUAGUUUCAUUUUUAUCACAAUUGAUCUAUCCAGUGGCAUACUUAAGAAUUUUUAAUGGGACGGGAUGUAGUAAGUACAAUUUUAAUAUCUUCUCUACCCAACUCAAUUAUAUGAAUUGAUAAUUUAAAAUCGGGAUCCUAAAAAAUGCCAAUUUCCAUUCAGUACAUCAAGCUUUUCCUAGUAAUUUGGCUGAAAUACAUACAUUUCAAUAUUAAAUUACUGAUAUUUGUAUUAUAUUUUUAAGUCAAUAGAGUGGGGGGUAUAUACCUCUUAACUCUUACCAUUUAUGAGAUAUGAAACUCUUCCCUACUUCUCAGGUCUAAAAUUUAAACUGUUAUAACUCAAAUGAUAAAUCUGAUAUUAGUGUUAUACUUAUUAAAUACACUCAAAUUCUUUGAGAAAAUUGAUGUUUCAUGAUAAAAAAGACAUCCUAGGAUAAUUGAGAUCGUUACAGCCACUGUUAUAGAUAAUUUAAUGUAUAUCUGUAAGCAACUAUAAACCAUUGCUUAUGAAAAAACGAUUUUGAGCGAUAGUUGAUAGUGAUGCUUUGUCAACAAAAUAUAUGUUAUAUUAUAGAAAAAUAAUUAAAUAUAGGAUUUCUGUAUUUUAUUUAAUAAUAUUUGAUUAAUGUUGUACCGAUUUUCCCAGUUUUCCUACAUUUUUUUCAGUUUUCCCAUGUUUUUUUUGAUUUUUUCAUAUUUGCUGGAAAACUCUUGGGUAAAUCAAAUGACCUUCUUUAAGUACUUCCUCACACAAAUUUCUUUUCAAAAAAGAUGCUAUACUUGAAAAUCGGAGCAAUACCUCUGGUUGUGUGCAGAUAAAAAAAAACAUUUUUGUAAAACCAUAAGUUUCUUCGCUUCACUCAGAAUCUAAAUAUUACUCUAUUUCAUUUGGCCCAUUAUUAAAAUUUAACAACAGCCCAAGAGUUCCUUACACUUAUAGUUAUAGCUGCAAGUUAUUGUUACUGUUGCUUAAAACUAUAGAAAUAAAUAAAUAGUAAUAAUAAUAAUAUUAAGUUCUAAAACUAUUUCAAACUUGCAAAAAUAUAUUUUUUAUUAUUUUAAAACUUAUAUUAUUCUGGUUUGUGAUAAUUAAGCAUUAUGUGUAUAUUUGUCUACUAAAAAUAAUAUUUUGAAUAUUGUUUUUAUUUAGGGUGAUGAUAUUUCUAAAGAGAAAGACAAUUUUUGGGAAGAUUUUUUUCUAUUAAAACCUAAAGUAUUUGUUCUUAUUUACUUAAUUUACAAGGAUUAUAUAUUUAUAACUUAUCUAUUGUAAUGUAGGUGUCAUAUAUUGAAACAGAAAUAGAAAAGUUAACUGCCAUACAAUUAGUUUCACUACAAGACAAUAUACGGCUAUUUUUUAACAAAUGUAUUGAAAUAUUUGAUAGCCAACAUAAGCUUCGGAUAAUUUUCUCAUUAAAGGUAACAUUUAAUUCUUCAAUAAUUAUUUAUUUAAUUGGUAAACAUAACAUUUAUUUAUUUUGUAAUUGAGAAAUAAACAAAAUUAUUCACUGAGAAACUACACCUACAAAUAUCGAGGAGUUUAGGAUUACUUAAGAAACUAUAUUUUGAUAAAAAAAAAAAGAGACCUUGCACUAUACAAUGGUGGAUUUAGAUUUUUAAUAUUAUUUCUAUGAAAAUAGUUAUUCAAGUUUUAAAAAACGUAUAAUUAUUAAAUUUUAGAAUGAUAGUAACUUUGUUUGUAUUUAUAGUAUUGAAAAAAUAAAACUUGCACCCUGCAAUUUCUCCUUUUUAUGAUGAUUAUAAUUAUCUGUUGACUUCACUAUUAGGUCUAUAUACUAAGUAGUUUCUGCUCACAUAAAACAGUUUUUACAGUCAAAUUAUUAGUAAUAAAAUGUAAAAUUUAUAACAAUUGUAAAAAUUGUUAUAUAUAUAUAUAUAUUAUAUGAUAUAACAUUGGUUUAUUUGUUUGAUCAUAUUUAUUUAUGUAUCAAUUUUAUUUUUAGACACUGACAAGUUUAAUUGGAAGUUUUUAUAAAAAAUAUAGAAUUGACCCAACUUUUGAAUUCUUAUCAGUUUUAAUUGUACCAAAAGACAUGGAUAACAUUUUUGAAGUUCUACUCGGAAAAUGUAAUAUAAUGUUACGAGGUAAUUUAAAUUAUAUUUAUUUAAUCAUUAUCAUAUUGUAUUAGUUAUACCAAGAACAAUAAAUCAACUUGUAAAAUAUAAUAUGUAUAAUAUAUUAUACUUUGUUUAAUCUAUUAUACUUCAAGAACAAGAAUGUGUUAUAAUCAAAGAUCUAUGCCUACAAUUUUUACUGACAAUUGUGACUGGAACAGAUAAUUUGAAUGAAAAUCCAGCUCUGUGUCAUUUGAUGACAAACAGUGUUUUUGAGCCAUUGACAGAAGUAUUAACUAAUAUUGUUAUGUAAUUAACCUACUGAUGUGUACAUUUUUUUGUACAGGGAAUUUCAAAUAAUGUGUACCAAACAUACCAAGGUUAUGAUUCUAUAUUAUUGAUGGCUUUGUUAAUGAAUGUUGAAACAGCUAAGAAAACAAAUCCAUAUAUAGUCAAAUUAUCUCUAUUAGACAAAGAAGAUACAUUGAAAGGCUAUAGCCAGGUAAUUGAUAUACUUUUAAAUAUUUCAUUAGAAAAAUAUUUUAGUCAAUGGACAAGAAUAUUACUUUCAGUGUAUAAAACUGUAAUCAGAUAUUUUUGGAAAACAUACCCAUUUUAACUGGUUAUAUCUAUUUGAGGAGGCUUGUGUAUGUGUGUGUGUGUGUGUGUGUGUGUGUAAUUGUGUAAUUGUGUAUGUAAUAUUCCUUCUUACCUUGUAAAGACCUAAUCUUUUAUAAAUAAAGUGUUAUUCAAUUUUUCUUAAUCUCUAGUGUCAUAGGUUAGGUGAUGUCUUGUAAAAAAAAUAAUGGGAAAAGAAGGUGAAAAUAAUCAAAUAUUAUAUGUCUGUACUACCAGUUAAACACUGUUAGUUACUAUGUAUACAUCUAUAAAGUUUAUAUACUAAGCCUAAUAGUAUUUUUAAUUUAACAAUAUAUUGUUACCACUCCACAGUAUACCAGUAUUAUCAUAUCAGCUAACAAGAAAAAAUUAAAGAGAAAUGUAAUAAAACAACUUUUAUUUAAAUUUAAAGUUAAAUUUUAAACAUUUCACCAGCUCAGCUUCAGGUUUUUUAGCAAUAACUUAAACAAAUAAAAAAACUUCACAACCUAUAAGAGUGAUCUAAAAUUAAUGAAAUAAGAAUCACACUAAUUGAACAGAGCUUGUUUGCAGAAUGAAGACUAUCCUUAAUAUUCUCUGUAUAAGACUUUGGUCUUAGUCUUCAUCACUAAAGUCAAUUGUAUUUGCUUAGGUUAAGAUAUUUUUAAACUCAAACUUAAUUCAAAGAAUUUGGUAAGUAGUCAGUAACCACUAUCAGGCAUUUGCAACUAAUGAAUCUGUUGAUUAGGUCUGACUGUUUAUCAAAUUCUUUAAAUUAUGUUUAAUUUAAAAGUAAUAGUUUUGUAGUUUUUCAUCACAAAAUGACAGUGGUAAAGACUAAGACUUGAUCUCAUACAGAGAACGCAAUAUAUUAUAUAUGUAGAAAUAUUAUGUCAAGCCUGCCCAACUAUAACCAUUGCAAUUAUACUGUAAAAAGCAAUGAUAAAUCUGAUUCCCUUAUAUCCUGUGACAUCUGUUCAUAUAACUUCCAUGUAAUUUAUUCAGAUUUAACAGCUACAGAAUUUAAAUGUAUUUAGCUUAAAUCAAGAAAACUAACAUUUUCUGUGCAUGGAUUAUAAAUAUAGCCUAGUUAAGUUACUGUUAAAGCUUAAAUCAUUAAUAAGAGACUUAAAAACUGAUCUUAAUAAUAUAAAACACAAUAGACCAAAAUCUCUACAAACCAUCAUACCAAUGACAUUAUUAAUGAAAUUCAACAAGGCAAAGAAAAGCUAAGACUAUUAUUGCCUAUAUUGUGUCUAAAUCAAAUUCUAUGGAUACCAAGUUAAAAUAAAUGAUAAUGUUUCUAUUAAAAUUAAUGUUUACUGCAAUUUAAAUAUAAAAUCAUUAAUACUUGUAAGAUUAGAUAAACCGGUACAUGGAAAAAUCCAGCCACUGAAAAUAUUCUAAGGCAAUAAAACAGAUUUUUAUUAAUAUAUUAAAAAGAUUUAAUAUCAACAGUACUCAAUGGUUUACUUUAAAGCUGACCUCAUAAAAAAACAAUAACACCUAACAAACCCCAGAGAUGAAAUUAAAUGCAGAAUCAGUAUUUGAGAAACAGAUCUUACUAUAAAAAAUAUAAUAAUAGAUGUACUAAAAGUUAUAAGAAAUUGUCAAAAACCGAUUUAAGGUCCAACUAAUAACUCUCUUAUAUCACUCGUAUUACCAAAAUAUUUGAGGCAUUAGAAUAAAACUGCAUGAUCCCUUUUACAAAUUUGUGUAUGUUCACAGAACCUUAGUGAAAUAAUAUUAUUUUCCAUGCUUAAAUCAACAUAUCAAAGCACAAUAUUUUUAGAGCAGACAAAGAUGAAACUUUUAAAGUUUAAUUAGAGGAAGUGGUGUACUCAUAGCCAUUCAUAAUAACUUAAUAUAACUACAUAAAUUGAGUAUUCAUACAUUUUGAAUCUGUUUACAUUCAUGAAAGUGAUGGUACUUUUAGAUAAGGAAAAACCAUUUUAUUUGGAAUAAUUACUCAAAACAUGCCAUCAUUUUAUGUGACAAUUUCAAUGUGCCUCAUGUUGAAUAAGAUAUUGGCUCAUACCAUUUAAAAUAUAUCUCACCUGAAUAUCACACAUUUUUAAUCAAUACUAUGACUAAUAAUCAUAUACAUUAGUUAAACAAUAUAUCUAACUGUGAUAAUAGAAUAUUAGAUUUAAUAUUUUCCAAUUCAAUAAAAAUAUAAGUGAAAACUUAUAUUAGUUAAUCAAAGUGUAUAACUGUGAUCAUGGUAUUGAUUUUAUAAAUUAUAAACAAGCUAACUACAAAUAAAUAAAUAAUCAGUUAUCCUCAGUUAAUUGGGAGUUUUUAUGGAAUUGAAUGGAAAUUAUUGAACGCACUGGUCUACAUUGGAAGAGCCUCCAUAUUAUUUCUAAAAAAAUAUUAUAAUACCUCAAUAAAUAUUUUUCAAUAACAAUACUAACACAUCAAUACAACAAAUAUCAGAUCAAAGUAUAUAUGGAACCUCACUUAAAUUAAAAAACAAUGCAUCAUGUCAAUACAAACUAACAUUAAUAUUAAUAAUCAAUUUACUAUUUUCAGUCUAAAAUAUGUAACUAAUGUUUUAAUAAAUGUCAAACAGUAUGAGGAGUUUAAAAUAAGACUGGUGGAUUGUUCAUCUUAGAUGUGCACAGGUAAAACAGGUGUGGGAGGUACUAUGGUGUAUGAUUUUUGAGGAUGAUAUAACUUUGAUAGGGGAAAAUCUUGAGGAAAUUGAGCACCUGAAGGAAAGGGAAGUAUGAGUUUGGGGAAACAGGAGAAGACAGCUAACAACAAUAAGUGAUAGAAUUGAAGAGGUUGAGAGAUUUAAGAUUUAACUUAGGAUAUUUUUUAUGCAAAAUAAUAGUGGCUUUGUGAGGAUAUGAAACAAAGGAUUAAGUGUGGUUAGAUAAUGUGGAGAGAAGUGUUAGGUGCUUUAUAUUACAAGACAAUUCCAAUAAGACUUAAAGUUAAGUCUACAAAAGUGUGGUGAGACUGUUUAUGUUGUAUGGUUUGAUAUAUUGAGUGGUUGGCACAAAAAUAGAACAAUGAAUGGAAUGUAGUAGAGAUCAUAAUGCUUAGGUGGAUGAGUGGAGUGGAUGAGGGAAGAUACAAUGAGUACAUAAGAUAUAGUUAAGAUUUAGUAUCGAUAUUUGGCAAAAUUAGAGAAAAUAGACAGAUUGUUUUGGAAUACUAUGAGAGGAAUCAGAUGCAGUAAGAAUUGUAAUGCAAAUAGACAUAGGAGGAAAAAAGGAAAGAGGUGGUUGGAUGGAAUUGAGAAUGAUAUAAAGAUAACCAGAGUUUAUGAGGUAGGUCAAGUAGAAGUUUAUAACAAUGAUAGUGGUUGACCCCAAAUAGUUGGAAUAAAGGAAAAUGAGAAGAAGAAAGAAGUAUGUUUUAAUAAAUGUUAAUACAUCAAAAAAAUCAGAACCAGACUAUAUAUCUCCCUUUCUAUAAUUACAAAUAAACAUUAACUGUACCACUAUAUUUACUUUUCAAUCAAUCACUAAAACAAGGAAUUGUACAAUAUUUAGAAAACACAUAAAAGUAGAUCAAAAUUAAUCACUGAUAAUUGCUGACUUAUCACAAUCUUAUAUCAAUCUUCAUUUGAAAAAUAGUUAUAAACAAAUUAAAUCAAGAUCUAUAAUAAAUUAUAAAUAUAAAUCAAUAUUCACUAACCUUUUUCAAUUUAAUUUCAUUAAUGAUGAAUUUAUGGAAAACAAACAAGUAAAAGUAAUAUACACAGAUUUAAGCAAAGCAUAUGAUUGAGUUAAUCAAAAUAUAUUUAUCCAAAAACUAUAGAUUGAAUUUAUAGGUCUAUAUAAAAACAUUCAACAGGGUCUCAAAGCCUAAUUAAAUUUUGUAAAGUUCAAUAGUACUAUUUUUAAAUCUGUAAAUACAAUAAUAAUAUUAAACUCACCUUAUUUUAUAUUGUUCAGUUGUGAGAGGUGCGCACAAAUUUGUCUAAUUUUAGGAAGGGCUUGAAUAAAAAGAAGUUAAGAAACCACUAUAAUUUGGAAUCCUUUAUUUAUUGUAUACAUUCUAAAGAUUGAAAAAGUAAAAAAGACAUUUUUUAAAUUCAUGAGUUAUAAACAAUUUUAUACAGACAAAUAUAUUCAAGAUAUUUCCUUGAUAUCCUAAAAACCAGAGGAACUAAGUAAGAGUUCCGUGUACUCAGGAAACCCACGCUGCUUGAACACCUUAUACCUAGUCCUUCUUUAAAAUAGAGUAUAGUACAAGGAUUUAUUGUAAACCAAAUUUCUGUGAAUAAAUUAUCUACAAAUUAAGGCCUUCAAUCUUAAAAUUAAAUCAAUUUAAGAGUAAUAUCCAGCAUAUAUCACCAGAAUUACAUAUUACUAUUAGUCUAUUGAAAUAUCUAUAUUUAUUUUUCUAAUUUUCUUGUUCUCUCUUCUAUUUAUUCUCAUUUUUGUUUAAUUAUAUCAAAUGUCUAAGUUUUAUUAUGUUUUAUUUUUUUUUUGUAUUUACUAAGAGAGUAUCUACCAUUGAUUUAUAUGAAAAAAGAAAAUACAUUUUUUUAGUAGAUAACAUAAAUACUUUUUAAAACAUAUUUAAUUUAAUUUGAAAUGGGAUAUUUAAACUAUAUAAUAUUAUAUUUUAUCAUAAAAAAAAACCCUAAAAUAUUAGUAUAUGUUUUUUAAAAGUAAUUAUUUUAAAGAUUAUUAGGUGGUCAUUAGAAGAAAUAUGUCAACAAUAUAAAUCUGAAGAAAUAGCACAAUAUUCUAAUAAUACAUGGUUUAGCACAAUUACUUCUGUUGUUAGUAACAUGCUGUUUGUGCCGGAUCCAUCUGAAAAAAAUAAUAUUAAAAUCCCUCAAGAAAUCAGGUAUUUACUUAUGUACUUAAUUGUUAAUUUUGUAUUUAUAUUACAUUUAAUUUUAUUGUCAUUGUUGUGUUAUAAUAUAUAAUGCAAAACUCCCAUUAAACAAUCUUUUUAAUGAUAUCUUUUGUUUUUUCUUUAUGAAUACUUUUUUAACAAAAAAUUGAAUGUCAAAAUAGUUUUCCUUAGGUAUUUAAAAACCUGUAUUAUUUUGUGAUUAUUGUGCUUCUGUUAAAUCAACAGUAAAUAAUUAACAUUAUUGGUAUCUUUUAUAUUCCAAUAAUUUAAUUCAUUGUAUAAUACUUAUGUUUAUAUUUUAAUUCUCUUAAUUGCAGGUCAAUGAGUGGAAUAUUGAUUGCAUUAUACAAAGCUGUACAUUACAAUCGCAACUUUAUGACAGUAUUAACAAAUUUUCAUGUAUCUGUUAAUUAUGAAAGCCACCCAAGUGUAAUGCAACAAACACAUCCUGUUAAUAACUCCUCUGAUCUCAAAUUGCCAAAAAAUAAUCAGUUUUCUAAUCUCCUUGUCACAUUCUUUCAAUAUUGGUAAAUUAAAUAUUUAAAAACAUUUAUUUUAUAAAAUAUUAAAAAUCUAUAAUAAUCUAUAAUUCUAUGUUCAUAGUUCAAUUAUAAUGCAAGAUACAAAGACUGAAGAAAAUUCAAAUAAUUCGAUGCUCUGCUUUGUUAUAUUGUCAAGCAUAACAAAUGACCAGUUUGCAAAUUCAUUAAUGCAUGACAUAAAUUUACAAUUUAAAGUUGAUUUAUACAGAAUACCCACUAGACGGUACAUGUUUAUUCCUGAUAAGUCACCCAAACCUUUAGCAGCUGCAUUAUUAGGUAUUAAAAUAUUAUAUAUCAUUUAUCACAUGUAUAUUUUAUAAAACCCAUAAGUACAAAAUAUAUUUUUAUAUAUUACAGAUUUAAUGAUAGAGUUCAUUUUGGGGCAUAUGAUGAAAAAAUUGCCUUUAGAUCAGUACAUUAAAUGUGUAAGCAUCAUCCAUAGAAUAAUUUGUUAUCAAAAACGAAAUAGUGUACGCUUAUGUUAUAAUUGGAAAUAUUUAUGGAAUUCUUUAAUUACACUAUUAAAAUUUCUUAUGACAUAUGAACAUCAACUUUCUCAAGAUAUAAAUAUAUACGAUUUGGGAAUACAGGUAUGUAAAUAUUUUUGAAAUUGUCAAAUAAAAUAUGUCUAUUCAAAAUUUAAGACAUGUACUAUAUUAAGUAUGUAUUAUAUUUAUUAGUGUUGAGUUUUUGACCAUUUAACAUUUUGUAUAGGAAUUGUAGUUACACAUCAAAUUUGAAUAAAAUAUAUAUAUAUUUUUUAAAUAGUUGUAACAUUUUUGUAUGACUUUAAAAAAACUGGGAUCACAGAAUUAAGAAAUAUUCUUCUAUUUUAAAUUUAAUUUGGUAUUUAUAUUUAACUUAUUUGAAUAUCAAGAGGAUAUUAUUCCAGUAUGUGCUGUCAUAACAAAUUAACAUCUAGUAAAAUAUCUAUCUCAUUUCUGUGAUAUUAGUUUUAAUGUUAGAGUUAAUCUAUUAUGAAAUUAAUGAUAAUAAUAUUUUCUGUGUAACUCAGAUUUACGGUUUUCAGCUACCAAUUUUAUAAAUAAUAUUUUUAAGAAGAUAUGACUGUAAAAUAUCACAAUUUAGAAAUACCUAUAUUUUGCUUGCAACAUGAGAUAUUGAAAAACUGUAUGUAGUUGAAAAGAUUACCUUAAAGUUUGAUAAUAAGUCAAUUCUCUGUAAUAUUUAAACUAAUAUCACAGAGGUCAGAGUUGUAUGUGUACAACUUCUAACCACAGUUGAUGUUUUAAGUAACAUAAUUUUGCUAUGUUGUCCAUUGAUUAAACCCUUUAGUGCUGUGUUACAAUGGAUCACAGUGGUUAUUAAACCACAUUAAAUAUAAUGCUUUUUUACUAAUUUGCUGUCUGAUACCCAUUUAGAAUAUAUCUGAUAUAAGAAUAUGUCUAUAUCUGAUUGAACAACUUUCAUAAAGGACUUGACAGUCUUGUCUUGUGGUUCAACUCUAUAGACUUAAAUUUUGCCAGUUAAUGUAAAUCAAUGUCUUUCACAAGGAUUAAAACUACUAUUGACUAUUAACACCUAAUUUACUAUUGUUGUGGCUAUUAUAAUCUGUAUUUUGCUCUUCUGCACUUUUAAUUUUAAAAAUUCCCUACCCUCCGCAAGAUUAUAGUCCAGUAAUGGAUAAGCUCCUACUUGUCUAGCAGAUAGAAGAGUGGAAGUCAAUUUAGUGUUUUUAUAUAAACUAAUUUAUGAACAUGUAGAUGCUUCUAUUCUCCUUUCCUAAAUUAAUUUAAGGGUUUCAACCAAAGCUGGGCAAAUUACUCAACUUUAGUAACUGAAUAAGUUACAAUUACUUUCCUUAGUUAAGUUACACGGUUUUAAAUAAAACAAAGAACUACUUAAGUUAGUAGUUACUAAGAAAACAUUUAUAAAUUACAAAGUUACAAGUUAGUUUUUGAAUUUUUUUUAAUUGGCUUUUAUUUUUUUAAUACUAGUAGUUAUAAUAUUAUAACUAUUAUAAUAUAAUAUAUUAUUAUUACUCGUCAAAAAUGUAUAAUUUAUAGUUUGUAUUACUUAAAGGUUUUAGAAUAACUAUCACUAAUAUCUGAAAAAAAAAUUUGGUAAGUGUGGUUAUUUUAAUGUUGGCUCAGCUAUUGUUAAUUGUGUGGAUAAUUGUUAUAUUGUAAUAUUUUUAAAUUAUAUAAUUCAGAUCACUUAAUCACUUUAUUAAUUCACAUUAGAUGACUAGUUUUUGGAAGAAUAGAUAAGAUAACUAGAAGAUAUAAGAUAACUAAGAAUAGAUAAGAAUGAAUUCAUGUUAAAAAUGAUUUUUCCAUAGUACCAACAUUUUAUCACAUUGUAUUAUGUAAAAAUCAAGGUAUUAAUACACCUUCAUAGAAGAAUAUUUUCCGACCAUCAUGAUAGUGCAUCAGUGCAUGUCAAUACCUUCAAGAAAAAAUUCUGAGUUGCAAGAUAUUGGUGAUAAAAUGAUGAAAACUAACUUGUAAAUUUUUUGAUUCAAAUAAGUAACUCAUUAAGGAAGUUACUCAUAUAUAUGCACAAAAAGUAACUAGUUGAGUUUUAAGUUACAAGAAUUAUAAAAGUAACUUAUAAGUUAUAAACUUCCUAAUUUUUGUAAUUUAGUUAUUUUGUACAACUUUUUAAUUAGUUACUGUUCAGCUUUGGUUCCAAUAUAUUCAACUAGGUCCAAAUAUUUUUUAUUAUUUCCUUCCACACCAUUAAUUAUGGUAGGAACCUGUUGACCAUAUACAAAAUAAUCAUUGAAAUAAGGUUGCUCUAGACAUGAUGGUUCCCUUCCCCACAAGUCAUGGUUUUGACCCAAACAAAUUUUAAAGGUUCUUAAGGACCCCAGAUCCUUAGAUCCCAGACAACUAAUUAAAUUAUAAAGGUUUCUAUAAUUACAAUUUAAAUGCUAUUAAUCAAUUGAAUUUAUAUAAUAAUAAAUAUUGAAUUGUUUUUUUAUUAUUUUUUUAGGUAGUAAAUAUUUUUAAUUUAUUUAUUACUUAUGGAGAUAUGCUUCUGCCUUCACCAAGCAGUUAUGAUGAAUUAUAUUAUGAAAUUAUUAGAAUGCAUACAGUUUUUGACAAUUUAUAUGUAUUAUGUAAGACUGAAUACAAUUAUAUUGUAAUUUUUUAUAUUACAAAAUAGUAUAGUAAAAAAUUUGAAUUUAAUUAAAAUUAUAGCUUCAAGAAACUCUACUGCAGCAAAUGAACACAAAUACUCUGCUACAAAAUUGUCAAAUAGUUUAAUUAAUAUAAGGUUAGAAUUUUUAGUAAUUUUAUAAAACUAAUAAUAUUGAAUGAAAUAUUUUUUAAAUUUUCAGAGCCAUUAUCAAUCAUUAUAUACCAAAAAUAGAUAAUUAUUUAGAAAAAAAUUCAGUAACAACUCCUAUUGGUGAAGAUGUUAGUAUUCUAAUCUUGACAUUUUAUUCAAUUUCUUGUUAAGAUUUAUACUUUAUAUUGAAAAAUUAUAAUUUAGUCACAACUAUUAAAAAUGUAUUAAAAUAACAAUUACAUUAUAAUCUUUAUUCUUUACUAUUUAAUCAUUUUUAAUUUUUUGCUUUUGUAUUUUUAUUAGAUAUUAGAAAUAGUCAGAAAUAAUUAUGAUACUCUCACAUUGAAACUACUUGACUGUUUGGGAAAUUUUGAAUCAAACAAGGCCAAUCAUGAUUUGACAAGCUCACCUCUCAUCAAGCUAAUGGUUAGCAAAGUAGUUAAAGAUACUAGACAGUCAUUAAAACAUUCCACCUUGGACCUUCAACAGAUUCUUCAAAAUGUUUCACUAUACACUAAUCUAUCUUAAAGUUAUUUAUACAAGCAAAAUGAGUAUUAAUAGUCAUAUAGAGAAGUCACUACUAUAUUUGUAUCAGUGUUUUCCAAUCAGUGUACAUAGGAUUAUUUGUAUGAUAAAAUCGAUCAAAAGUUAUCAGUAAGUUAAAGGUGCAGGGUGUGCAUUUUCCAUGUUUAUAUACAAUUUAAAUAUCAUUGAUAGCAAAAUUCUUAUCAAUUAAUGAUGUUUGAUUACAUUUAAUGUUUAAUAUUUAGUUUCAGUUAGGAACAUAAAAUAAUUUCUGUUUGAGUUAUUGUUUCAGUUACAAUUAUUUUCAUAGAAUUAUACAUACCAUAUAAUAUUAUUAUUAGUCUACUUAUAAUCAUUAUUUCAGUUUAGGAUGUCAGUCAAAGAAAAUGUAUAUGAAUAUAAUAAAGAAAUAUACUGAAGGAAUGUUUACAUUAUUUGAUUAGUUAUGAAUCUUCUACAAUAUUCUGAUGAAAAAGUAAUUAAAUUAAAAUAUUAAGUUAUUAAUAUAGGAUCUUUUAUUCUACAAAAGUAAAACAAUGGUGUUACAAUAAAUAAUAAUUGACUAGUAGUUCGAAAAUUGAAAUAUUUAUAUUGUUAGUUAGCAAAUUAAAUGUGAGAUCAUAUGGUCAAAAGUUGAAUAUGUUCAACAGUAGUAAUGUGUGAUAAAAUAAUUAUAUAUUAUGUAUGGUAUACUUCAAUGUAACUGUGUGGUUUCUUAAAAAUUAAAAGUCAGACAAAAUUAGGUCAUAAUUUUAUGUAAAAAUAUAAGGGUUGUGCAUUUGUCAAAAUAGUGUGAUCAUUUUUAGAACAAUUAUGCUAGUUUUUUUUACAGAAAAAUGCAAAUCAAAUUGUUAAUUUUAAGUAUUUUUUAUUUGUUUUGCAAAUUCUCUGGUAAAAUAAAAGCUGAUUGCAUACAAAUUUGAUUUUAUUUUUUGUUCCAUUGAACUUGUUAUAAUAUAUUAUGGUCACAUUUUGUUUUAAAUUCUGAGCAUAACGAGGGAGCUAUUGGUUUUACUAAGGUGUUUAUUUCUUUUUUUUUGCUAGUGGACACGUUUUUUCCAAGUAAACUUGCUUCAAUUUUUACCUGUAGCAACUUUUCUGAAAUCUCAAGUUAUCUUGAUGGUACUCCAAGGUUUCAUUUUUUGAUUUUUGAUUCCAUUUUUUAAAUAAAAGCACUUAAAUGGGAAAAAACGACGUCAGCAAUGACCAAAAAAAAAAAAAAAAAAAACAAUAAUAUAAUAACACGGGGUAUAAUAAUUGUCAAGAAACCGGUGCGCAGCGUCAAGAAAAGGUGGGUUCAUCGUGAAAAUUAUGAGUAUUUUUGUCUUUUUAAUCGGUUGUAUUAUUCGGGGAGAAAACGAUCGGUAAGCGCCAUUGCCACCACCGACGAUGUCGAUGUUGCCCCUUUUUUUCUUCUUUCGAUUCGUUUUGAUUCGUCGCCAUUAAAUCGGAUCGUCUGUGUAUACAUAUAUAGGUAUAUGAUAUAAAAUCGUAUUAUCCUUUACAGUAUUAUUAUUUUCACUAUAAUGUCUAUACAUAGUAAUAAAUACGCACUUGUACGAACGUGUCCAAAGUCCCUUUUUUUUCGUUACUUUCUUUGACACUGCCGCCGCCGCCGCCGCCGUUUUUCAAGACGUUAUUAUCGUCGACGACGUUUUUAUAAUUCCUUUCUUUAACAUUUCAUGUACAAUUUUGUACGCAUGCAUUAUGGUCGUGGUUUUGAAAUCUUAUAAUCUUGUAUUAUUAUUGAUUUAACUCACUUAUAUAUAUAUAAGAGAUACAUAUCAUACAUUUAUACAGAGUGCCCUAUGAAGAUAUCCCCAUUGUGAUAUUUUCAAUAAUAGUGUAGAUAAUGAAAUUCUGAUUUAUCAUUAUUAUUUUAUAUUCUGAGAGGAACGAGGAAUGUAUUGGUUUUACAAAUUCGUUUAUUUUUUUAUAUUGUGUACAAAAAUUCUACCAAAAAUCUUGCUCCGAAGUAUCAAGUGUAGACCCUUUUCUAAAAAAAAUUCGGCGGGGAGGGUAAAACAAUUUAGAAAAACUUUUGGCAAACAAAAAAUUUGUUUUUUCAAUAAAGUAUUACAAAUUUGAAAAAUACGCAUGUUUCAAGGUACGAUGUGAACCAUAUGAACAUUUUUACUAAUCUAAACAGUGAUUUCCGCGAGAAAAAAAAGUACACGAUAAAACUAAAAGCCUCUUUGCUAUAAAGGUUCUCAGAAUCUCUAAUUAUAUAAUAUACUCUAUAUAUAGGUACAUAAUACUAUAAUAAUUUAGUAUGUUGAUACAUUAAUACAUUAUCGUAUAUUGUUACGUUUACCUAUAUUAGAUUCCGAGCGUAGCGAAGGAACUAUUGGUUUUACUAUGCCGUUUAUUUUUUUUUUCUUCUCUCCUAGUCGGUGGACACGUUUUUUCCUAGUAAAGUUACUCUGAUUUUCACGUGUAGCAACUUUUCUGAAAGCUCAAGUUGUCUGGAUGUUACUCCAUGGAGUCAUGUUUUAAACAAAAGCACUUAAGUGGGAAAAAACGUAGGAAAACGUAUAAUUUCACGAUUUCAUUAUUUUAUAAGCACACGGACGACGUUUUCUACCAGAAAAAAUGAUUUAAUCUAAAAAUCACAAAAUACCUUUUUUUUGUUGUAUUUUCGGUUUACUUUCUUGCGGUAUUAUGACUAAAACUUAAGAGGCUCUUAAGGAAUUUUAAUUUUUAAGAGUUUUGCUGUAAUUCGGUUAUAAAUACAUGUAGAGACGUGAAACUUGGUAAUAAUACUUAUAUUAGACUUACCUAGACGUGGUAACAUUUUAAAAAUAAUCGAAUGACUUUUUUUUUAUUUAAUAAGCGUUUUGAAAUCAAAUUUAAACGAAAAUCGUAAAAAAAAUUACGACACUUCAAAUUAUGUAUUACCGAUCUGCGGAAUCGUUUUUCAUCAAGCAAUUUUUUUAUAAUUGCUUACAGAUAUAAAUGAAAUAACCUUAUAUAUCCUACCAUCCCAACUUCUCACUUACAACAGUGACUGCUCCCAUACCUGGGGAUGGAAAAAAAAAAUGAGCUGAUAUUGGUAUAAACUCUUUCUUUUUUUUUAAACUACACAAAAAUUUUACAAAAAAUCUUGCUGCGAUAUGUAUAUGUGACACCAUUUCUGAAAGGAAAUAUUGUUUAUAUGAUACUUUAGGGCGGACAUUUUUUUUAAUUUUCCAAGCAGUUUUCAUAAUAUCUGGGAAAAUCGGGAUAAAACUUAAGAAAAAUGGGAAAUACUUCCUCAGUAUCAGCUCUUUUUUAAAUUUUUUUCUAUACAAUUUUAAAACAAAUAUUAAAUAAUUUUGAUCGGUUUUAUGAUAUAAAUACUUACUAUGUGUUCUGGUUCUAAAGAUAGUUUAUUUAUGCACAGAAAGUUAAUUUAUUAAUGAAAUAAAAGUGUUCCCUGACUCAUAAUAAGUUUUAUAAUAUCUUGAAGGUUGAGAAACACUGAUUUGUAUAAAUUUGAUCAAAUAUGAUUUUUGAAUUUUUUUUUUUAGAUUAUAUCGCUUUUUCCAAUUGAAAGUUAAAAUGUAUAAAAAUUUAAUUUGGUCAAAUUAAAUAAACAAAUUCAUGAUUUUAAUUAUUUUUUAUAUUUAAUUUGUGUGUUUCAGUGGCGUAUAUAAGAAUUAGUUUCAGUAUAAUCCAAAUUAUUACUAACCUAGUUUUAACUUAAAAUUUGCGAAGAGAAGGGUGGUGGGAUGCUAAGUUUAUAUAUAUAUAUAUAUACACACACACACAUGUAUAUGUCAUAUACAAUACAAGUACUUACAAAUUUCUCAAUAAUCAAUAUUAGGAAUGUGUACAAUAUUUUCAGCAGAACAAGUAUGGUUGUAAAUUAAUGUUUAUAACAUAAUUGUGAAAUUUUUUUUCUAAAAUAAAGACUGCAGCACUAUCUUAGCAGUCCUUAUUUGGACCAAAUGAGUUUAAACUCAGGAAUCAGAUUGUUUGAAGUUUUUUGUGGAAUUUUGAUUUGAAAUUCACUAUGUAGUAGGAGGAAUGUUUUUUAUAUGUUUGACAUUGAUAUCAAUAGUGUUGUUUUUAGGGAUUUCAACUUUUAACCCCCACUCCUACCAUUUUAUGCUCAAAUUUCACCCUUUGGGGGAAGGGAAAGUACUAUAGUUUUUUUAGUAUAGUAUUCAGUUAUUGAUUUAAAAACAAUAUUUUUAAAAUACAAAAUAGCUAGGGAAAAUUUGACAGAGUUCUACUGCUUAUUUUUUUUUAAAAGCUUCAUAAGUGUUUUUUGAAUUACUCUCAGAAGAAUUUACACAAAAUAGUUCACCUUUACUGCAGACAAUUACCUAUCAUUCACAUUCACCUAUCAUAAUUUAUUUAUUAUAGUUAUUAAAGUUCUAUCUAUCUAAACUAUCUUUAAUAGUAUGUAUAAAAUGUUUUAAUUGAUCCUGACAUUUCACUAUUGGCCCAGGUUCUGUCUUAUAUACGCCACUGUUGAAUUUUAUGCAUUAAAUUAUGAAUUAUUAUUUAUCUACCAUAAAUAUGUUGUAUAUUUAUUAUUGAUGCCUUUUACUUCUAUUCAUCCUUUUCUUGUACUCAUUGAAUUUUGUAUAGUAAAAAUACAUAAUAAAAUACAUAAAAUAAUAUUUGUUAUAUAAUUUUAAAAUAUUAACAUAAAAGGAACACAAAUAUAU